CACACACACACACUCCGACUUUGUGAACUGCACACCUUUCUUUGUUCACGCGCGGGAGGAGGGAACGUUUCUCUCCGCGCGCGCGAGCAGGAGAGCGCGAGCUCACUCACGGCGAAUGAGAUGAAACGGAAACUUCACGGAACUCGUGCUCGGGAGCGCGCGCCUGCGGACCGGGAAACUUUCUGUGUGUCCGAGGAGGAGCGGCGGCGCGGCGGCGCGUGAGACCGAGCGCGGGAGCGCGUGAUGGAGCGCUGAGCGGCGCGAGCGCAGCCUCCCGGUGCUUGUCUCCCGGUGCUGCACAUACACACACACACACGCAUACACACACACACACGGCGGUCUGUCCCCGGAGGAGCGCUGCGCUGUACCGCGUCUCCAGCCCUCCUCUCUCUCUCUCUCUCUCUCUCCAGCCGGACCGGGUCAGGGUUCGGAGAGGCGGGUCCGGGCUGGUGCCGGUGCCGGUACCGGUGCUGGUGUCAGGAUCGGGGCUGAGAGAGCUCUGAGUGAACUUCCUCGUCAGAGCGCGCUCCUGGCCGCGGCGGCGCGGAUGAUGAUGGGGGAUUACUCCGGCCCCGCUGCCUCUAACGGCGGUCUGUGCAUCAACAGCGGCGGGAACGUGAGCCUGAGCGCCGGGAGCAACAGCACGACUCCCGGGACGUGUAACAGCGGCGGGGCCGGUCCCGGGGCCGGGGGGGGAGCCGGAGUGCCGAAGCACAGCACGGUGGUGGAGCGGCUCCGCCAGAGGAUCGAGGGCUGCCGGCGGCACCACAGCGCGUGCGAGGCCCGAUUCCAGCAAGCGCACGCGGAGCAGCUGGAGCUCGAGCGCAGGGAGACCGCGGCCCUGUACCAGCGCACCCUGGAGCACCGGGCCAAGAAGGGCAAGCAGCAGCAGCAGCAGCAGGGCAAGCAGCAGGACCAGAGCGAGUCCUCGGAGCAGCGGAACAACACUCUGAUCGCGCUUCAAGAGACAGUCAAAAGAAAAUUGGACAGUGCUCAGUGCAGAUCUCCUUUAAAUGGUGACCAGAAUGGGAUCUGUGAUGGAAGCUACUCUCCCACUACAAAGAGGCUACGUAAGGAGGGUAACAGUGGAUUGGACUCUUUAGGCACAUUGCCUAACAGCGUACCCCCAAUCUCACCACUUCACCAAAUGGACAUCAAGCCCACGUUACCUCCAGGCAGCAACACAACGUCUAAUAAUGCAAUGGGUAAUGGUAACAACCAUAUUACUGGGCGAGCAGAGGAUUUGGGUAAGAAUGGUGGAAUGCCAGACAUUAAACUGAACGGAUCUUUGGAUCUAGAUGAUGGUUUUAGCCUCCUAAAAGACUUGAAACAAGAGCCUCUGGACGACACAACAGGGAUUGAAUCUUCAGACACCUCACUGUCCAAUCAGAACAAGUUGUUCUCUGACAUCAACCUGAAUGAUCAGGAGUGGCAGGAGCUGAUUGACGAGCUGGCAAACACGGUUCCUGAAGAUGACAUGCACGACCUCUUUAAUGAAGACUUUGAGGAGAAGAAGGAGGUUGCGGAUUUCAGUCGGCCAACAACCGAGCAAACACAGAAUCUGCAAGAGCCUGUACCACCUCCAGUCGCCACAGCACCCAACAACCCGCCACAGACACAGAUGAACUCUCCGCAAGUUCGACCAGCUUCGUCUGGACCACCAUUCGCCACUGCUGCCAAUGGCACACCACCUCAGCAACCUUUGCAGCAGUCUCCCGCAGUUGCUAUGGCAUCAGGGUCUCCCGCUAGCUGCAUCGCUCGUUCUCCCCAAACCCCUACACAGGCCCAGACACAGACGUCCAGACCUGGAAAUGGAUUUAUGAUGAAUCCUGGUCCUGGUGUGGGACCCCCAGGUUCAACAACGGUAGCACCAGUAGGUCCUGGAGCAGGAGCAGGAAGCGGACAAGUCCCAGUUCCUGUUCCACCAACCACCGAACUUUCACCAGCUGAACAGCUUAAGCAGAUGGCAGCACAACAACAGCAACGUGCUAAGCUCAUUCAGCAGAAACAGCAGUCACAGGCAGCUAGCUGGUCCCCUGCAGGAGCACCAACAAGCCCUUAUGGUGGUCCCUUCAACCCUGACAAACCAAAUAGCCCCAUGAUGUACCCACAAGGCUUUAAUGCCCCGAACUCAAUGGGGCCCAAACCGGGCAUAAACAACUACCUCCCACAAAACCACAUGAACAUGAUGAACCAGCAACAGCAGCAGCAACAAUCUGCCAACAUGGCUGCCCAGAAUGCCUUGAACAAGCAGCUGUCUUACAACAACACCAAACCAUUAAGUCAUUUUAGUGGUGUUGACCACAUGAAUCAACGGAUGACCCCACCAAUGGCCAAUCAGGUCAAAAAUCCCAUGAUGCCCUAUAUGCAGGGGGCAGGGGGACAGGGUGGGGGGCCACCACCUUCUCAAGGUCCCAUGCCUGGGCAGACAGCACAUCUGACAGAAGAACAGAAGAGGAUGAUGAUGAUGAAGCAGAAAGUACUCAGUCAGACUUUGCCAUACAGUGCGAUGCAGCAACAUGCACCGGAGCAGGGCAUGGUCGGGAUGCCACGCCAGGCCGGGGGCGUCCAACCCCCACACGGAGGCCCGGGAGGUGUCCCGCCGGCGGGGCCUAAUGGGGCGGGGCCAGGAGGUUACCUGGGCAACCAGCAGCAGCAGCGGGAAGCAGUCAUGAUGAAGCAGAUGAUGGCGAUGGAGCAGGAGAAGAGAGUCCAGCUUCACCUGAUGGAGCAGCAGAAAGCGCAGCUCCUGCGGGAACAGAGACAACAGCAACAUCACCACCUACUAGCGGAGCAGUUACAGCAGCAGCAGCAGCAGCAGCAUCUCCCGAGGCAGAUGAGUCAGGCACAGAGAAACCCGUAUCCUCUCCAACAGUUUCAGGGCACGCAGCAGGAGAUGGUGAGGAAUCAGGCGCUUCAAAGCAUGAGGAAUGCUCGCCUCCUACAGCAGCAGCAGCAGCAGAAUCAAGGCAUGCUACAGAUGGCGCCGGUUCAGAACCCUGGUCCCAUGCCCCCUCAGGGUGAGAUGGGCAUGGCCUAUGGAAGCCAGGCAGGUACGCAGGCCUCUAUGUACCAGGGUAUGAACUCCGGAAUGGGUCAGAUGCUCCAGCCGCAGCAUCACCCCAACCAGGCUGGCAUGGCCAUGGCACAGAGACCAGCGGGUGCGGGAGGCCAGGGGAUGGUGGGAGGCGGAGCUGGAAGCGGAUAUGGGCAGGGCAUGAUGAUGAACCCCGCCCUCUCUCAACAGCAGAUGAAGCCGGCCGGGCAGCCGAUGGCCAAAGCCCAGGCUCAGCGACUGCAAAGCAUGAUGGGAGGCGGUGGUCAGGGGUGGCCCCAGCAGCAGCAGCAGCCGCAGAGUAUGCAGGCCAUGAGCGGGAGGACUACAAACGACAUGGUGGCAUUCAACAGUAACCCUGCGUAUGCCAUGCAAGGCGGGCAGCCCCCGAGGAUGCCCAAGCAGCAUUUCAGCCAGGGGAUGAGCGGCCAGGGCAUGGUAGACCCACGGGCAAUAAACCCAGCAAGCAUGGGUGGACCUUUGAUGCCUCACAUGGCGGGCCAACCGAGGACCAAUCAGCCGCGGGGGAUGGCCAUGUCGGGUAUGGGUCAGGCUGUGCCCAACAUGGCUGCCUUCGCACAGGGCUCCACGCAGGCCAUGGCAGGGGCGGGACCAGGCGGAGGGGCCUAUAUGCCUAGCGGGCAGACACAAGGCUACCAACGGACAGCAAGUCAAGACUUGGCUUACGGUUACGCCGGCCAAUCGGGGACCGGGACCGGGGUCUCGUUCGGCCUGUCAGACACUGCAGAGCUGGACUCGACGGACGAUUGGAUGGAAAACUUUUUCCCCAGCCAAUAGCCAACGUGGAAAUUCUUUGGGGGUGGGAACCUUUGAGAUGGGCCAGAAAAGUGUUUUGUUUUUUCCAAAAGAUAAAUUUAUAUCAUUUCUAGACAAAGUGUUUGUUUUUGUUUUUUAAAUGUUUUGUUUAUUGUUUCCAUUUAAUACAAUGGGACAGUUAUUACAUGUUGUGUAUUGUAUGUGUGAUGUCACUAUAUUUAAACCAACAAUCUCUACGAUCUGAUUCUAGCUAGAAGCCAAGUCUCUUUAAACUCCGUCCCACGCCCUCCAUCGUCCUCUAUUACUCAUCUUUUCCACACUUCUCUGGGGACGACACAGCAAAAACUAAACUCAUUGUGAAAUAGAAAGAUUUUUGCCCAGUGUUUAGAUCAGAUUUUGCUUUUUUUGUUUAGUCAAUACUGAAUAAUGAAAUGUGUGUAAAAGAGAGAGAGAGAGAUUGUUUAAAAAAAAGUAAAACCCCACAACAGCACCGUCACCACACCGCCAGUUAUCUUUCGACCUCCGUCAGAACUCCUCACUGUGUGCUUUAACUAAUCUAAGAGACUUGGCAGCUACAAAUUUGUCUCUCCUCCUAAAAUCUGAAGGCUGGAAGACACUAUGUUAUUUCUCGUAAGUCAUAUGGCAGCUAGGAACACAAGCACGGCGGCGCCUCCCACAUGGGCCUGAAACACACAGUCAUCUCGAACACCACGCCGACAAACACACGCUCCAACACGAUCCAACCUGCGAAUGUAACAUCGUCCGCACGUGACCCGGGUUAAGGCUUUCACGUAGCAAUGGGAAACUUUCUCUGUUCAGGAAUAAAAUACAUCUUAAAUUAUUGACAUCACUAAACAUAAAUCAGCUUCUUUCCUUUUAUUCAUUUGCCAGAAAAUUGAAUUGAAAGCACGAAGCACUAAGAUCCAGGGUGGUGCUUACCUUCUGAUAAACUUUAAUCUGAUGUUAUGUAUCAGUUCCGUACUUUCAUGUCCUUUAAUUGAAUUAUUGAUGUAAAACAAGUUCCUACUGUGUUUACUGGGUUUGUUCAGUUAGUUACUGUUACGUUCUUUAUCACCAACCUGGGACUGGAGAAGAGAGUGUUUGGAGAUGACAUGAUCCAUGAAGGCUACAGUAUGUCCAUAAAACUUUAUAACUGUGCUUAGAAUGCUUCAUUAAAUUGCCAAUUUUUAUAUUUGUAAGAAACUCCAAUAAUGUCUGAUAAAGACGUUCCUCAUGUCACAGUUGGUUUGCACGAGGGGUGUUCGGGUGAAACCGGGACUUUUGAUUGUACAGAAUAACAGAACUCAGUCCUGAGAGUAAACACUCCCUUCAUGUCUCUAUAUAAUCCCCUGAUACACUAAUGCACUUAUCCCAGUGUCUCACUAGAGCUUGGACACCAUCAAGGGAGAGAGUUCUCUCUGUACACCGGAGUCAUGAUCGGACUGUCUGUCUGAUUCACGUCUCUAGCAGUGAUAUUUAUGUUACAUCAUUACAAAUUCCAGUCCCGUCUGAUCUGUGUUCCCACACCGACGGAGAAGUGAAUGGAUUCAUUUAUUACUAGUAUUAAUAUACAGUACAAUUUCACAAUAGUGUGUGUGUGUGUGUGUGUGUGUGUGAGCGCCGAUUGUGUCCUGCGUCACACCCCUGGUCCAACGCCUUUCCCUGUGAUCCCCUCCAGGCCGCCUGCGACCCUACACAAGAUAUACAUUAGAAAUAAUAAAUAAAUGGAUGGAAAUGUAAUAGAAUUGUAUUUGGGAAGACUGAGUUUAUACAUUACUACAAUUCUAAGCACAGUUAUCAUGAUUUAUGUUUUUGUUUUCUUUAUUAGUGUUAAAACGUCAUGCAAAAAAAACCAUGCACUGCAUGUCUUAUUCAGUGACCCGACACGUCUCUUAAUCUCGCCCGAUUGUCUUACGUCUCCGAGGAAUGUAAUACAGCAACCGCGCCUGUUUUUAUUUCAUGUCUUUGUUGUUAUCAGAAGGAGGAACCAUCGCCUGGUGUUUCAGGACGGUAAAAAGUCUUACAGUAAUAUUUCUCCUGCUGUUGUAUUAUCCAUGAUCAGGGAGGCGUGGCCUGCUCUCUCCAUCCUCCUUUUAAUAUCUCGACUUAUCCGGGACCAAAUCACACACAGCGUCUCGUUCUCCUGUCAGUCAUUUCUGUCGGUCAUCGAUGUCGUCUUUUCAGCUUUUAUUUUGUACUGGUGCUGAAUAUAUAUAAUGUGUGUGUGUGUGUGUGUGUGUAAUGAAAAGGAUUCUAUAUAAAUAUUAUAUAUAUAAAUAUAUGAGAAUGGCUAUAUGUAAAUACGUUUCUACUGCUUUAAAUACACCAGAAAAUGUGUCUCUACUUUCUGUAAAGAUAUAACUGUUUAAGAUAGAGUAUUUUUAUUUCAUUUUUCCACUUUUAAACUCAUCCGAGCUGUACCAUUGCACUUCAGACAAUGUCUUACUACUAAUGGGUAAUGUAAACUUUCUCUGAUUUUUAUUUCCAAGGGAUUUUUCUUUUCCUUCUCCAGUUGGAGAAUUUCGAGCUGUACCUAACGCAGUGCUUCUACUUCCUUCCCGUGUACAUAGUGAAGAAAAAUGUUAACACCAGAGACUUACAAAAAGGAAGAAGUUUUUUCAGAAAAAAAUACAAUAAAGAGAGAGUUUUCUCGCUGAUCCUAUUAAACGAAGUGUGCUCUGUUUGAUUCGUUCCACGUACAGCGAGAUUGAGAUGAU